AUGGAAACGCCGCGCGUCGUAAAUGUGCGCACCACGCCCCUGGGCCGCGGCCUCGUCGCCGCGGCGGACGUGGCGCGCGGCCCGAUUGCCUCUGUGCCCAUAUACAACGCGUUGGUGCUUUGUGACGACCCUUUGGGCGGCAUCAGCGUGUUCAGUGACCGGCAGCAGCGCGAGUGGCAGGAGCGGCACGGGGAGAUGCCGCCCGAGCUGGCUGACUUCAUACAAGGCGAGGAGCGCUGGGACGCGCGCAUGGCCGCGUGGCUGCUGUGGCUGCGGCGCCACAAGGGCUACCUCUGGCGCCGCUACCUCGCCCUGCUGCCGCGGGAGGAGGACAUGGCGUGCCUGCUCAACUUCCAGGGGCCAGAUGAGAUGGACGAGCUCCAGUUUGCAGAUCUCAAGCGGGAGGCGGAGAUCCAGGCCAACUGGGCGUCGCACCUGCACCGGCAGCUGUUCGCGUCAGCCGGCGGCGGCGGGGCCGGCACGGCUCCCGCUGGCAGCAGCAGCGCCAGCGGGCGGCGCAAGGCGGUGGGACAGCUGGCGUCCUUGGACCUCAGCCGUGACCUGAAAACCUCCCUUUGGGCCCUCAGCAUGGUCAGGUCGCGCACCUUCUCCGAUGACGUCAACGGGGAGGCGCUGACGCUGAUGGUGCCUUACUGUGAUCUGGCCAACCACGGCGGCAACGAGCACAACACCACCUUUUGCGUCAGCAGGGACCGCCGCAGGCGCGUGCGGGGCCGGGGCCUGCGCUGCGCCACGGCAGCUUGCCGCCUGGCUCUCCUCUGUCUCUUUGAGCUGCGGGCCGUCGAGGCCAUCGCCGCCGGCCAGGAGGCUCUCAUCACGUAUGGGGAGGACAAGCCCAACUCCAUGCUGCUCAGAGAUUAUGGGUUUGUGAUCCAUGGGAAUCCCCACGACCGGGUCUCGUUUGCGGACAGCCAGGGCGGCCCGGAUCAGGGGCAGCAGCAGCAGCGGCAGCAGCAGCAGAAUGGCCUCAACGCGUACAGCCUCCUGGAGGCCGCGGGGUUCAAGGGAGACUUGACGACAGGCGACAUCCAGCCGCUCGGCACGGCCGGCGACAGCAGCGGCCAAGACGACGGAUCCAUCUGCUCCGUGUCCUUGACCGUUGCCCGCCGCCGCGCCGCGCUGCUCUCGCUGCCCCUGCGCAAGGCGCCCGGCGAGGACGGGGGCGGCGGCGGCCUCUUUGGCUGGGCCUCCGCAAAGGCGUGGUCUGAGUCCGGCCGGGCGCCGCCGGCGCCGCUUGCUGCGGCCGCUGUGCCAGCAGAGCGCGCGGCGGUGGCGGCGCUGAGGGGGCGGCUGCGGGAGGAGUUGGCAGCGCUGCCGACGAGCAUCGAGGCGGAUCUAGGCCACCUCUUGGACUUCCAACGGCCAGCGGCCGCGUUCGCAAGCGGAGGCGCGCCAAACAGCGGCGGCGGCGGCGGCGGCGCUCUGGGCACAGUGAAGGGGUCGCGGCAGCGGCGGGAGACUGCGCUGCGGGCGCGGUUGGAACGGAAGCUUCUCAUGCAGGAGGCGAUUCGCGUGCUCGAGUCGUAUGACCUGGCGCUCGCUGGGCGGUAA